AUGCGCGGGUUGUGUCGGCGCGCUCUGGGCGCAUCGUCCGUUGUCGUGCCGGACAACAAGGACGCGCCCGUGCGGCUGUGCGGGCCGGCGGGCGCACACCACUUUGAGCUGAAAUGCGUCGACGCGACGGCGAACCCGUACCUCGCCCUCGCGAGCGUGAUCGCUGCAGGGCUGGAAGGCGUGCGCGAUGGCGCGGAGCUGACGUCGGGCGAUUGCACGAAGCCGGCCGCGUUCAUGAGCAAGGAGGAGCGUCGCGCGGUCGGGCUGGAUGCCUCUAUUCAUUGGCCGUUCUGCACCGCUGGUCUUUUGUCUGCUGUAGCCACCGCCUUCAUUGUUGCGUCACAACACAUUGCUCUGGUGACACACAAGUUCAACAAUAGCAUGCAAAAAAGCGUAGCGCUCAUGCGUUUCUCAAACUAG